GGCGUUCGUUGCCUCUAUGCUCCGCUGGUAUGUAUAGCAGAGUACAGGUACUAGACAGAUGCUUUACUGUAGCUAUUCAUCGGUAUAGGGUCAGUCUAUUAGGAAUACCAGGCAUAUAUAAGACUCGUUGGGUUCGAGGUUGUUGGGUAAUGGAAAUCUAGUCCUCAAGCCACCUCCUCAUCCCAGGUUGCCGUAACCGAGGUAAUCACGCGCUAUCCCACCGAGGCACGUUAGUGCAUAUCAAAAGAUGUGAACCUGGACCUCACCAACACCGGACAGACAUGUUUGCAAGUAUAAGGUCGCUGUAACAAAUACCUUGGCACAUCAUGGAGUCUGGACCUCGUCACGCCACUGUUGACCGUGGACAUAUCACGAAACCUGAGCGGUUGGAGAACACAUAUACUUCCGAUACUAGUCUUCAACGAGCUCUCUCCUGGUACCUGCCGUCGCAGAAGCUAGAGCAGGCUCGGCCACAAUUGGUAGAAUUGGGCGAGGAAGCUGUGUCGGACCAGAUUAGGGAGUGGAGCGCAGAUGCCGAGAGACAUCAACCAUAUGUGAAGGGAUUCAAUGUCUGGGGUCAGCGGUAUGAUUAUGAUCGACUGAUUACCAGCGAAGGGUGGAAGCAGCUGGGUAAAUGGGGUGCCCGCCACGGUGUCGUGUCACUGGGAUAUGAGCCGACAUACGGGGCAGAGAGACGGUUGGUUCAAUAUGCUGUGAACUACCUUUAUUCUCCCUCGUCUGGACUUUACUCCUGCCCUGUCAGCAUGUCUGAUGGGGCCGCGCUUGUUUUGAACAAGGAGCGCAAGAACCUACCUCCGGACCAUCCCUUCCAGACGGCGUAUCAGAAGUUAAUCUCUAAGAAAGAGGAUUAUUGGACUUCUGGUCAGUGGAUGACCGAAAGAGCAGGAGGCAGCGAUGUCCAAAACACGGAGACUUGGGCCACGUACUCGCCUUUGUCGCAUAAGUCGAAGGCCUCGAACGGUCUUGAUGAGGGCGACUACCUGAUCAGCGGGUUUAAGUUCUUUUCCUCCGCCACGGAUGCUAAUGUGGCUCUGAUGCUUGCUAAAACGCCUUCGGGAAAGCUGAGCACGUUCCUCGCACCGUUGCGGAAGACUGUCGUCGGGGAAGACGGCAAGCCCCGGGUGGUUACCAAUGGCGUCCGAAUCCAUCGUUUGAAGAACAAGCUGGGAACUAAGGAAUUACCAACGGCCGAGUUGGAACUUAAAGACAUGCGGGCUCACCUGGUCGGCACUGUCGACCAUGGUGUCAUGGCGAUUGCACCAUUACUCAACAUCACUCGAACUCAUACGUUCAUUGGAUCGCUUGCUGCAUGGCGGCGUGCCAUUAGUAUUACCAAGAGCUUUGCUAAGGCCAGAACAACGGUCGGCGAACCCUUGUGGCUCAUUCCCAUGCAUCUGAGCCUACUAGCAGACCUGGAGGUGAAACAUCGGGGUGCGAUGAACCUCGCGUUUUUCACGGUUGCCGUCAUGGGCGUUGUCGAAAAUAACGGGGUCUCCACUCCUGCGGCGCAUUUGCCCACAAAGGGCAAGGAAGCGCAGGUAGUGUUCCGGGCCUUGACAGCCAUCGCUAAGGCAGUGAUUAGCAAGAACGCAAUUGCAGGGAUUCAGGAAUGCCAAGAGGGAAUGGGCGGGGUUGGAUACAUGGAUGAACCGGACGAGCCGGAGUUCAACAUCGCGCGACUGCUACGGAACACUGCUGUGAACUCCAUUUGGGAGGGAACUACUAAUGUGCUGGCUAGUGAGCUCGUUCGCUUCCUUGUCAAACGUGGUAAUCUGGCUAUCUUCUCGGCCUGGUUUGAGCGUAUGUUGGCGUUGAUUACGACGUCAGAGUUGGCAAGCGCACUGAAACGGGCAUGGUCUAGCUUCAUUUCUCGGGUUAAAGCCACCAGCGAGCCACGGUUCAUUCUGGCGGAUGCUCGCCGAGUCAUGUUUACCCUUGCCUGGAUACUCAGCGGUGCUCUUCUUGCUCUGGACGCUGAACGAGACGGUGAUGGCGUUGCGGGCGAAAUUGCACGACGGUGGAUCCUGUCCGGUGAAGGCGGCGUUGGUGAUACGGUUUGGCGAGACGUUACCAGCGCCCAGCAUAACCCGGGUGCCGGGCCCUCGUCGAUAACAAACGAACAUCUGCGCUGGGACUGUCGCAUUGCCUGGGGGGUGGAGUUGCCAGCGAAGCAAGUAUCGGGCCAUCGGUCAUUUCAGGGCAACGACUCGAAGUUAUGAAUCGCAUCAAGCAUGUGGUUGCCGUUGCCAUUAUGAUUCCUCUCCAUUAGUAGAGAAUUAAACCAUGGGACCCACAUUGCAUUACUUGUACAUAACGUAUAUAGCGACUACUAUAGUGAACUAGUUAAGGCCCUUUCCCGUGAUGGCUGGAUUCCCCAAGGAAAAGCGGUUAAGUAGAAAACUAGAAAACUAUAACAAAGAAAAAGGGGCACAUGGAGACUGCUAAUGCCUUGAACUUUAAAGUGCGGAAAGCCUGCCAACUCUGUCUGACGCAUUUUGUGGACCAGAUAAACCAGAUCAUCCUUUUGAUGCAGAUUUCUUGAUUUCUCGUGGGGU